AUGGAUGCCCUCCGCAAUUCUAUGAGCGGCUGCGAGAAACUCUUCUUGUGUCUACAUCCCCAACUCGACGAUUUAGAUUAUGAGCGUCGACAAGCCGAGAAGAUCCUCAAGAUCGCAAAGGAGAUGGAUGUCAAGCAGGUGGUUACUUCCACGAGUCUCGAUGAUAAGGGAGUGGAGCAGGCUGUUGUUGAUGGCAAUUAUGAAUAUUGGACAUUUCUCCGUCCUGCUUUCUUCAUGUCGAAUUUCCUAGAGCCUAAGGUACAUAGAUACCCUGGGUUACGAGAUAAGGGAACGUGGACAACAGCAAUGACCGCCGAGGGAAAGUUGGCAUUGAUUGAUCACGUCGAUAUUGCUAAGUUUGCUACUGCAGCAUUUCAAGAACCAGAAGAGUUUCGCGGAUGCGCAAUCGGGUUGGCUAGUGAAUUUUUCACUAUUCCGGAGAUACUUGAUUGA